AAAUUGCUACAGAAACGAAUUUCAGAAAGAAUAAAAUAUUCUUAGAGUAGCCAAAAUGAAAUGAUGAGUCACCAAAGUGAGAUAGAGAAAAGGAAAUAUAGAAAUUGGGUAAGAGUUGGACUGGCAUAUAAAUAUCUUAAACAAGGUCUAGACGGCUUUGCCGAUGAUGUUGUUAAACAAGAACACAAAAGAGUUCUUAGUUCUAUAAAUCACACUCCCGGUAUUAUAUGUAACAGGUGCAGUAUCGGAGGUCUGCAACCAUUACAUACAUUCAUUGUAAAUCCCACCACUAAUAAAAAUGAGUGUCGAUGGGGUCAACACAGGUGUAAUUGUUUACACACAAAAAAGGAAAAAUGCCGUCUUCAUAUAUGUGAUCGCAUUAUGGAAGAAAUAAUAAAAAGCCACGGGUCCACCCCACCAACACCAAACUGGGCGAAUACAGACAUACAGAAGUGGUGUACAGAACCGUGGGAGGUCGCCAAAUGUUUCAUCAAUGCACCUGGGUAUUCAGACAAGACAAAGGCAGCUGAUAUAGACAUAUCUGGAUUACUCCAUGUCUUCAUUAAUAAUACCAGUCUUUAUUCUCAUUUUGCAUCCUCGAAAACAUCUAACAUCUUUUUCAAGACUCGUGCCAGAAGAAAUUCUAUUUUUCAUUCAUCGUCAAUGGAGCUGGAAGAUAAAGAAUUAAAUGAAUAUGUAGAUGAUAUAAUAGAAAUUCUGGAAGACGCAAAAGAAAUAAGGACAAGAAAAGAUGCUCAACAAGCGGUCACCAAACUCAAAGAGUUGAAGCAUGAUGACUUUAUAAUAACAACUUACAACGAGAUAGAGGUAUGUCGUGAAGCUUUAACUACGGUUACACAUAAGACUGCAGAACUGAAGCAGUUGAUCCAAAAUACAAAGGAUGAUAUUGAUAAGAAACAAGCCGAUGCCUCUACAGCUCUACGUGAUCAAAUUCAAAAAUCUCUACAAAAUGCCAUAGAAACGCUUGCAAACAAUGGUGAAAUUGAAAAGCUUGAACUUGCAGUAGGUAAUCUUGAGACUGACUUAAAACAGCGCCUGAUACAGAUAGAGCAUGAAAUAGCUUCCCUGAAAGAUAUAGGUGAUCAACAAAAAACAAAGGACAGGAUGAAAUAUUUGGAGGAUAAACAAAAGCUACAAGAGAAGCUUGUUAAAUUGUAUCGGAGGUCAUAUGUGAAUACAUCACUUUGUCCCUUGAAACCAGAGGAAGAUAACAUCAACGUUAAAUCAGUAUAUAUAUCCCCUAAAUUAAAAGUCGUCACGGAAAGCAAUUCUGAUAAUAGGGACAGAAAUAAUAAAAUGGAGACGGAAAAGAGUUAUAUUAAAGGAUAUCAUGAGAUUUUUCAAACAAAACAACCUCAGCAAAUUAAGAAGAUUUAUAUUUUAGGUGACGUAGGCACUGGGAAGAGUACUUUCUGCAAAAUGAUGAUCGACAACUGGUGUUGUGCUAUUACUGGAACCAAACAACCGAUUGACAAUGAAAAUAAGUUAAAUGAAAUUGAUCCUAAUGAAACAAAUGUGGCAUAUAAAGUUGACAAUGACGUCUCGCAAAUCGGACAAUAUGAAUUUCUUUUCUACAUACAACUACAAGGCAUGUGCAUAUUUACUUCUGACAUCAGAGUCAUGGUAAAACAAAUAGCACAGAAAUGUUUCUCACCUCAAAACACGGGGUUGAUUGAUAAACUAUUUGAGGAAGACUCACGGGGUUGCCUUAUUUUAGCUGAUGGCUUAGACGAAUGGACACCUCCAGAAGAAGAAAUAAAUGUACCACAUGUAAGUUACGGAAUACCUAAUGGAGACGGAGUAAAUAAUGCAACAGUAAUGAUAUUAUCUAGACCAUCAGCAAAAGGAAUAUUAAAUUUAAAGACUUCAGAAUUUGAUCUUAAGUUACAAUUAUUAGGUAUAUCUAGUAAAUCAUUGAAAGCAUUCAUCGAACGAUAUAUUUCCAAUGUAAACUCAACUGGAAAGUCUUACUCUCAAUUUAUGGGAAUUUUAAAGUCAAAAAAAGUUCAGCAUGUCGAGAAGACACCAUUACUUUUACAACAAUUGCUAUGGUUGUACUGUAAUGAUAAGGAAAUUGGAAAUUCUGUCAGCGAAACUUACUGUCAGAUCUUGAAUACGGUGUUUGGUUGGUCAGACCGAAGGAAUAAAGGGCGUGAUAAUGAUACAAGUCAGUCUGUGGAAGAUUACAAGAACGUUACUCUUCCUAAAAUGUUGCAUACAUUUCCUCGAUUAGAAAACAAAAAACGCAUCUUAUUACUUCUCGGAAAAGUUGCAUAUGACAGGUGUACGUCUUACAAGGUAAAGCCAACAUUUGGUAAGUCAUAUCUUAUCAAAAAAGGUUUAUCGAAUAGUGAUAUUGAUAUCCUUACACGAUUCUAUGGUAUUCUGAAUGAAAGUAACUGUUACGAUCCUACACUGGAAGAUACACAAUUUGCUUUUAUCCAUAUCUCCUAUCUUGAGUUUUUCGUCUCAUUGCACUUUACAACAUGUUAUUCCAUGGAAAAGUCCACCUAUGUUGCAGGGAAAGAGAAAGAUAGAAAAAGUACGAUACUUUAUGACUUUUUCGGAAGAUGUACAUCUGCUAUCGAUUUAUUACAGUUAUCUAAUGUGAUUAAAAUGAUUUGUGGUUUGUCCCCUGUACUAAUUGGUGAUAUCGCAACAUAUAUUUCACUUAUCGUGAAUACGGAUGAACAAAUUGUUGAUAUAAGAAGAAAAGGGUUGGAAGAAAUAGGAUGGAAUAAUGAGAUUGAUCAGAUACAACGACUUAUAGUAUCUUGUUUGGAGGAAAAUGACACUCAUGACAAGACUCAAGUCAGUCUGAGCGACCUUUAUAUACAAGAUUUUGAAACUAUUCCACCACUUCAUAGAGUCAACGCAGAUGAUGUGACUUCUUUAACCUGCGAAUCUAAAUCAGUUGCAGAAUGGUUUGAGUACACAACAAAAUGCAAGAAACUGAAAUACAUGCAUAUUUUGCAUGUUCCAUUAUUAUCAAAUCAAUUUGCAUUGCAUAAUAAAAUAAGUAAGCCAGUUUUUGAUCUCUCUAAUCAGAAACAGCUUCAAAUUCUAAAACUAUACUAUUGUAAGAAUGUGGAAAUUUCUGACCUGCAUACUAAACAACUUGAACAGUUACACAUUAAUGAUUGUGCCAGAAUAUUAGAUUUUGAUUGUCUGUUGAAUGCCAGCAAGCUAGCUGAGCUUAACAUUAAAGAUUAUACUGGUAAUUUGAUUUCAUUACCAUUAGUAUUACAACGAGCACCAUUAAGAGAACUGACAUUAUGCAAUGUUAAAUGUAGCCACAGUAAACGUCAUGGUAUUGAUCUGUCCAGACAGAAUUAUCUUCAAAUUCUUAAACUGGUAGCGUGUCCUAAUAUAGUUGUUACGGGAUUAAACACAGAGCAACUAAAACAUAUAUAUAUUGAUAACCGUCUACAUUUUUAUGCUUGUAUAUUAGAUUUUAAUCUAAUAACAAAAGCAUGUAAGCUCAAUGAACUUCAUUUGAAUGGUCUUUCAGGUAAAAUAGCAUCACUUGUAUCGUUAUUACAAGAGGCCCCUUUAAGACAGCUGACUUUGAUACAUGUAUCUGAUGAUCGACCUGAUGAUGAAAGUUAUACGCAUGUUAUAGAUCUUUCUAAGCAAAACCAGCUCCACAAUCUUAGAUUGAACUACUGUAAGAAUAUGCAAAUUUCUUACUUAAACACUGAACAUCUUAAAAGUGUACACAUUUCACCCGGUAUAUUAAAUUUUGAUAUUUUGUUAAAUGCUGGCCGAUUGUCUGAACUUGUGUUAGAAGGUAAUCCAUUUAAAUAUAACAGACGAGUUAUUACAGUAGUGCAUACAUUAAAUAAGCUUAGAAUACUAACGUUAAUGUCUGCAGAUAUAGAUGAUAACACCCUUACAGUAUCACGAGAGAUGAAAACUCUUACACGCGUUGAACUAGGACAUACCAAUAUGAGCCUGAAUACGUGGUAUACAUUUGUUGAUAGCCUUUUGACUCUUCAACAGCCUAUUGAGGUUGAAACAUACACAAUACGAGAAGAAGAACGGGAAGAAGAACGUAACUAUGUUCGAACUAAACAAGAGAUUGAAGUAAUUAUAGAUGUGGAGUUUGGGAGGUUUCAGUUUAAGAAAAGGAAAUAGUUUCACCAAUAUCAUGACACCUUGUAUGUUAUUACAAAUCGCUCAUAUCUCUAUAUCUUAAUAUGAAUCAAAUGAGCAAAACGAUCACUUUAAAUAGAAUGUAUCACUUGUCAUAUAAAUCAAUAUAUAUGUACUUUGUUUGAAUAAUUGAAUAAGACAAAUUUCUUUUCUUUAUGAAUUCUCCGGCAAGUGACGUAGUAACGAACUAACGGACAUAAAUUAUAGUUGUUUGCCUGCCCGUGCUCUGCCUUGUUCCCUUUCCUGUUUUGUUUGGGGUCAUCCUGGGCUCCUUGCCACUUGCUCUUGUUACUGGGUCGGGUGGGAGCUGCGUUCAUUGAACGCCAUCUUUCCUUGAUGAUCUUGUUUAUCAUAUAACUUUGCACACAUGUUAAAAAUCAACACCUAAAACAAAUGGUACAUUUAUCUCGAGAAAAAAUCUAGAUUCGUCAUUUCAAAAAACAUCGGUUGAGUGAGUCCUUUAAGAUUAAGUUAACAACAGGUUUAAUUGUAAGUACAUUUACGAUGAGCAACAUCCGGAAUUGACAAACAAAUGAACGGACUCCUUAUGAUAUAUAAAUAUAUUUAUUCAACCAAUGGGCUUAUUCACCCGAUGGUAUAUAAGGCAUCGUAUAUAAGGCAUCAAAGCUAUAUUACACGCACAGCGGCAAACAUUUCCUUAGAUAAGUAUAAGAUUGUCAUGAUGUGUUAAAUUGUUAUAUUUUUUGUUUUC